CUAGAAGCCGGAAGCCGGCGAAGAAGAGCCAACUCUGAGCUUCUCGGCGGAAGGGGAAGCCCAGGGCCGGUCCCCUGCAGUGCCCCAGCCGCGGGCUGCGAGCGCUCCGCGACAGUGCGGGGCCAUGGGGACUCCGCGCCGCGGCCCACCCGUCCUCCUGGGGCUCCCGCUGGGGCGGCUGCUGCUGCCCCUGCUCCUGAGCGGGCUGGCCCCGGCUCGCGCCUCCCCGCGGCUCCUGGACCACCCGACGCCAGUCUGCUCCCAGGAGGGGCUAAACUGUGCAGUGAAGAAUAGUACCUGCCUGGAUGACAGCUGGAUCCACCCUCGAAAUCUGACCCCUUCAUCCCCCAAAGAUGUCCAGGUCCACCUGGACUUUGCCCAGACCCAGCAUGGAGACCUACUGCCUGUAGCCCGCAUCAGGUGGACCCUGCAGACAGACGCCAGCAUCCUCUUCCUGGAGGGUGCAGAGUUAUCUGUCCUGCAGCUGAACACCAAUGAACGCUUGUGCGUCAAGUUUGAGUUUCUGUCCAAACUGCAACAUCAUCGCAAGCGGUGGCAUUUUACCUUCAGCCACUUUGUGGUAGAACCUGGCCAGGACUAUGAGGUGACCGUUCACCACCUGCCCAAACCCAUCCCUGACGGGGACCCAAAUCACCAGUCCAAGAACUUCCCCGUGCCCGGCUGCGAAGACCCCAGGAUGAGGAGGACCACACCGUGUGUGAGCUCAGGCAGCCUGUGGGACCCCAACAUCACGGCAGAGACCCUGGAGGCCCAGCAGCUGCGGGUGAGCUUCACGCUGUGGAACGAGUCUACCCCUUACCAGAUCCUGCUGACCAGCUUUCCACACACGGAGAACCAGAGCUGCUUCCAUCGUGUCCUCAUGGUGCCCGACGUAAGGCCGUCACUGUCCUGGCCCUCUCAGCCCGCACUCGAGGACGCCCACCGGCGGGCCAACGUCACGCUCACACUGUCAGACCAGAACUGGUGCUGCCGCCACCAAGUGCAGAUCCAGCCCUUCUUCAGUAGCUGUCUCAACGACUGUCUCAGACACUCCAUAAGCCUCCCUUGCCCAGAAAUUCCAGAGGCUCCAGUCUCAAUUGCAGACUACAUACCCCUGUGGGUGUACGGGUUCAUCACGGGCAUCUCCAUCCUGCUGGUGGGUUCUGUCAUCCUGCUGAUCGUCUGCAUGACCUGGAGGCUACCCGGGUCUCAUCGUGAAAAAUAUGGUAAUGACACCAAAUACACAGAUGUCCUGCCCGAGACCAGCCUGACCCCUCCACCCCUGAAGCCCAGGAAGGUCUGGAUUGUCUACUCUGCCGACCACCCUCUCUACGUGGACGUGGUCCUGAAGUUCGCCCAGUUCCUGCUCACCGUCUGUGGCACCGAGGUGGCCCUCGACCUGCUGGAGGAGCAGGUCAUCUCAGAGGUGGGGGUCAUGACCUGGGUGGGCCGCCAGAAGCAGGAGAUGGUGGAGACCAACUCCAAGAUCAUCAUCCUGUGCUCCCGAGGCACCCGGGCCAAGUGGCAGGCCAUCCUCGGCUGGGAGGAGCCGGCUGUCCAGCUCCGGUGUGACCGCUGGAAGCCCGCAGGUGACCUUUUCACUGCAGCCAUGAACAUGAUCCUACCAGACUUCAAGAAGCCAGCCUGCUUCGGCACCUACAUUGUCUGCUACUUCCGUGACAUCAGUAGUGAGAGUGAUAUCCCCGACCUCUUCAACAUCACUUCCAGGUACCCACUCAUGGACAGGUUUGAGGAAGUUUACUUCCGGAUCCAGGACCUGGAGAUGUUUGAACCUGGCCGGAUGCACCGCGUUGGGGAGCUCACAGGUGAGAACUACCUGCAGAACCCGAGCGGCUGGCAGCUCAAGGAGGCCGUGGAGAGGUUCCGGGAGUGGCAAGUCCAGUGCCCAGACUGGUUUGAGCGCGAGAACCUUUGCUCAGCGGAUGACCAGGACUUCCCGUCCCUGGACGAAGAGGUGUUUGAAGAGCCCCUGCUGCCACCAGUAAGAGGGAUCAUCAAGCAGAAACCCCUGGUGCACGAACCCACCUCUGAGGGCUGCCUGGUGGGAGAUCUGCUUGUCAGUGAGGAAGGAAGAGGGCUGUCAAGACUGGAACCUCAACUCCAGCCCCAAGGAGAGCUGGCAGCCCAGGCCCUCCAAACCGCAGUGCUCCUAGUGGACGAGGUCCCUUCGGCUCAGGCCGUGGAACCCGUCCCUCCAGCCGUUGAGAGCAGCACAGUGGGCCGGCUGGCCGUGGUCGGGGGCGACGAGGCCUGCCCGCUGCUGGAGGGCUGCGGCCCGCGGCGGAACAGUGUCCUCUGCCUCCCUGUGGACUCAGAGGCCCCGCCUCUCUGCAGCACCCCAGUGGCAUCUCCCAACUACGUCCCAGAAGAUGUAAGGCAGCAGCUCGAAGGCUUGAUGUUCUCACUCUUCCAGCAGAGUCUGAGCUGCCAGGCCCAGGAGGGCUGGGACAGAGCUGCAGUGGCCCUCAAAGACCUCUGCACGCCCUAUGAGGGGGAGCAGCGGCAGUCCGUGCAGUCCGACCAGGGCUAUAUCUCCAGGAGCUCCCCACAGCCCCCUGAAGGACUUACGGAAAUGGAGGAAGAGGAAGAAGAACAGGACCUGGGGACAUCGGCCAAGCAGCUCUCUGCUGAGGACCUAGAGAGCCUGAGAAGCCUCCAGAGACGGCUCUUCUUCCAAGAGCUUCAGAAGAACUCCGGCUGGGGCGGUGUGGAGCCAGAGGAGCCUUAGGGCCCCCCUAGCCCCAGGGUGUUAGGGAAGGGCGGCAUGUGUACACGAGCGCACAUGUGUCUGUAUAUAUGCCUAUGUUCCUGUGUGAAGUGUUUGCCUUUAAAUGUGGACCUCUUGAGCCCUGGGCAUUGCCCUGAAUUUUCUUCCUCUGAGCCUGUGGUCGCGUUCUGUCCCAGCAAGAAUCCACAGCCCAUCCCCGGGAGCCAGCCACAGAGCAUCCCUGAGCCUCCAUCGUGCAGUCAUUCGGUCAUCCAGCAUUUAUUUUGCACCUCUCAUGUGCCAAGCAUCUGAGAUACAAAGAUCAAUUGCACAGGGGCUCUGGCCACCAAGGGGCUUAACGUCUGGUGGGAGCAACAGAUUAGCAAACGGGACGGUCCUGUGCGAUGGAAAGGCUUAGUAGAGGUCUGCCCAGGGCUGUGAAAGUACACAGAAGGAGCAGCUGGGCCCAGAGACCGUGGUUGGAGAGGGCAGCGGUCCCCGGGGCAGGGGCAGCAUGUGGGGUGAGGGCUGGGGCCAGUGAGCCUGGAGCGGGAGGAGGGGGCAGCCGGAGCCUGGGCUGCAGAAGGGCUUGUGGGCUAGGCUGGGGGGUUGGGACAUUAGCCCGGUGGCCUGGCAUUCCUUUGACAGGGUGAGCUGCUGCCCUGCAGAGGAGGGGCCUGAGGACCAAACGUACCCGAAAGCCACCUCAGACCAUCUUUGGAAAGAGACAGGAUAGUAAUGUGUGAUGAGAACCUUAAAAGCAUUCAGCAGGAAGAAAAGCCUGGAAUCCUGAGCUCCCAUUUUGGCCCUCAGUCAGUGGGAGAGCCACUGCAGAGGAGUCUUCCAGGGUCGCAUGGCCAGGCCCCUGGGCAGCAGCACCCCGCCCCCGAGCUCAGGAGGCCCCAGAGCUGGGGGCCCAAGCCUGAGUGUGAGAUAUGGAGGGCACCCGGCAGGGUGGGCAGAGGGGCGCAGGGUGGGAAUGAGAGGCACACAGGGCCUGGCAGGCCUCUCUGGGGUGGAGAGGAAAACAGGCCACUCUGUACUUAAAAGUCUGAGGUUCAAAGACAGUAUUCAAGGAGAGAUGCUAAGGCUCAGUGCUGGAAGACAUUGUGCCUGAAGUGCCUUCUCGGGAGGAACUGAAGGCUUCUGGCUGUCCGGGGUCCUGGCGAGCACGCUGGGAUGCUGUCUGCCCCUGGACUCAGGUGAGCUCAUUGCCUGGACUCGAGCCCUCAGCUGGCACCAAGCUCCCAGUGAAGGGGUGAGGACUCAGGCAGGUAAUGGGAAACCGUCACAGGCUGUGUGUGUGUGUGACACACACGUGCGUCCUGUGCACAGAAGGGAGAUGGUCAAUAAAAGAUUUGUCCAGCCUGGUAGUUCUGUUGAGUCACGUGUUGCUACAGGCCGAAUGCCUGGCUGUGAGUCCUUUCAGUCGUGCGAUUUCCCCGAGCAGCCGCAGGGGCAGCGGGUCGAAGGCCCGGACUGUGUGUGGCCCAUACACAGCCCCACAGUAGCGAAGGAACAGGGAGGCAGAGCCGCACACAGGGUGUCUGUAUCCCCCCCCAAAUACUUGACAACUCAUCCUCAGUGUGGUGGCAGCGGAGGUACAGGUGAUCAGGUCGUGAGGAUGCAGCCCCAGAGAGCUCCGUGCACCCCCUGCCUCGUGAGGGCGUGGCGAGAUGGUCAUUUGUGAGCGGGGCUGCAAGCACACACCCAGUCUGCCGGCUCCCCGGUCUUGGACUUGGCCGGCCGCUGGAGCUGUGAGCAGUGUGUGUGUAAGCCGUCCGGUCUUUGGUGUUCUGUGCCCUCAGCCCUCCCAGGUGGAGACAGCAAGAAAGGGAGCUGCGUUCUCCUGGCCACCAGCCUCUCAGGCUCCGUCUCCCCUCCAGUUGGCUGGCAGUGGGCAUCCCUGGGGCCAGAUGCCCACCAAGCUUUCUGUGACGUUGCCCCAGCUUCCAGGAAGCACUGACUCAAUGCCCAGGGUGUGGAACGCCAUGGUGGACUCUUCCUGGCUGGGGCCAGGCUUGACACGCCAGCAGCAUGGCCCCAGCCAGUGUAGCCCUGGUGCCCAGAAGCAUACUUUCCAUUUGGAUUGUGUUCCCCACAAGCCUUGAAUUCUAGUUCUGCUGGCCUUUGAGGCCACAUGUCCUCAGCCUUGCUCGCUGUGCUCCCCUUCUCUCGGGCUGCUGCCUGUUCUCCUGACAACUUUAUUGAGAUACAGUGCACAUACCGUGUCAUUCACAGCUGACCCUACGCAGUUCAAUGGCUUUAAAGAGUUCAGAGCUCAGCAACCAUCAACAUAAUCAAUUUUAGAAAUUGUUCUUAUUCCAAAAAGAAAUCCGGCACCCUUUUUUUUUUUUUUUUGA